UACUGUUACUCAUAUCGGUUUCUAUUGAAUGCUUCUAACCAUGCGAUGAAAAUCAUUUAUGUAGAAAUUCCAUUCUCUCAAUUUCCUAUUUCCUGUUACAAUAGGGACACUUCCGCUUAAUUUCUUGACCUCUUUGACGGAAAUUCACUGAUUAAUGGCCCUGCAAAAUUUAAUGGGAUUUCAGUGCUUUCUGUCUACUGUAAGAGAGGACAGCAUUUUCAAAGCUUAUUCAGCAUCUUCUGGUCUUCUUCCAGUCUCCCAAGAAAAACAGAAAAGCUUCAAUGUUUGUUCAUUGAGAGUGGAGUACUUUGGUCUCACCUCAGAAAAGUUUCUCCAUACUCUUCCGAUGAAGGGCGACUUUAGAAAAAGAUCAAAGCUGAAGGCUUCUAAAGUAGUUGAGGAGGUCGGAUUUAGUGAUGGAAAGAAUGAGAAAGAAGCCGGUAGUAGUGAUGAGGAUGAGGAAGAUGGUCCGGAACUAAUGGAUGAGGAAGAGAGGAAGGAAUGGAGAAGGAAGAUCAGAGAGGUGAUUGACAUGAACCCACAUGUUGAGGAGGAAGAAGACCCAAUUGAGAGGAGGAAAAAGAUGGAGAAGCUUCUGGCUGAUUACCCCCUUGUGGUGGAGGAAGAAGAUCCUGACUGGCCUGAAGAUGCAGAUGGCUGGGGAUUUAACUUGGGUCAGUUCUUCAAUAAGAUCACAAUCAAGAAUGUCAGAAAGGAUGAUGAUGAGAACUAUGACAGUGACAAAGAGUUAGUGUGGCAAGAUGACAAUUACAUCCGUCCAAUCAAAGACAUUACCACUAAGGAGUGGGAAGAGGCCGUGUUCAAGGACAUCAGUCCUCUGAUUGUUCUUGUGCAUAACCGGUAUAAAAGACCAAAGGAGAAUGAAAAGGCGUGGGAUGAAUUGGAGAAAGCAGUGAACAUCUUUUGGAAUUGCAGGCUGCCUUCACCAAGAUGUGUGGCAAUUGAUGCUGUUGUCGAGGUUGAUUUGGUCUCUGCUCUGAAAGUCUCAGUUUACCCUGAGAUUAUCUUCACUAAAGCUGGAAAGAUUUUAUACCGUGAGAAAGGUGUUCGGACAGCAGAUGAGCUAUCAAAAAUAAUGGGAUUCUUUUACUAUGGAGCAGCCAAGCCACCGUGCUUGAGUAAUGUUGGAGAUAGCCAUGAAUUGAUCCCCUCCAUAGACAACAAACCACAAUGAACAAUUAUGAAUCGAAGCACCAUUCUGUAUGAAGAUAGACGGUUCUUAAUAAGUUUUAGUAACAGGGGAAGAGAGAGAAUAUUCCUUUCCUGGAUAUAAGCUGGAGUUGAAUUGAGUUAUACAGGAUAUGCCAAGUAUCCAUAACAAGUUAUGCAGUUCGAGUUCAAACAGGAAGAGGUACGUUGCAACUUGCAAGUAUAGCAGUGAUAGCGGUAGGUUUGAAUUGUUUGUAUCCAGUUACUGGUUUCCCUCCCUUACGCACUCAGGGCGUUCCUUGCUAGAUCCAGCAGAAAGACGGUUGCUUCUCUUCACCUAACUUAUUAUUGCUCAUAAGCAAUAUAUGUAAAAUAUGAGAGCUGAUUUAGAUUUGUUCAUAGUGAUUUUGUUUUAUAAAAUAUCGAAGGAACAACAAUGAUGUUUAUGUUUAUUAAUGCACGCCGAACAAUGGGUGAAUGAAGCCAAUAUGUUCACGA